AGUGUUUGUCAGACUGUCUACCGUGGCAGUGCGUCAAUCUUUUCCCAAAUAUCGGGUAGUUCGGUCGGUAACUUCCCCAAACUCGUGGUCUCUCCCCUACCAACUCAACAAUUCCUGACCUAUCGAAAGACUCUUCAGUUAAACUAAAAACUAUAAAUAUUUAGCCACAGGUUUGUUUUCCCUCAAAAUAUUCGUGGAAGUGUAGUGUGGUUAUCCUAGUACAAUACUUCACCAUACGCUACAAAAUCUACAUGUAAAACUGACAUCAAAUCAUCAUUAAUUCUUGGUUGAGACAUAACUAAACCACUCUAUCCUUGACAAUAUCAAAUUGUCACACCUUAAACAUUGUUGAUAUUUCUCAUUUUAAAGUUUAUUUAGUACUCUCUAAAUACUGUAGUACGGUAGGCUAAACCGCUCACUUGUUUCAUUAUACAGAGUACGGUACCAAAAAUAACGUUUUUUUAGCACAAUGAGAGUAACAACAAAGAAAAAUAUGGAAAAUGUUUAUCAUCUACAUCAUCUCAUAGUUCACUCGGCGUUUGUUUUGCAUCGUGCUGAUUAAAACUGUUGAAGACGAUCUUCAAUCUAUUGAAAGUGAAACGUUGCAUCCGACAUGUGAAGUGGAAAACUAUGCUUCGGUUGCUGACACGGGUCUGGUUACUGGCACUAUCUCUGAGCUUGGUUUCACUCCUUCUAAUAGGACGAUGCGGGGUACAAGAUGUCCAAACAGGUGACAAAGCUGACUACGCUGCUCUUCUGGAGCAGCGUGAGGAAGAAACCAAGUCAGAAGUUCUUCGGCUGACUGAGCAGAUCCGUGAUCUCAAACUGAGACUUCUACAUCUAUCAGGAAUGCAACAAGAUAACAGCAGUGAAUGCGCUUCAUACAUGCGGCGCCAAGUUGAUGCGGCCGAGGUGGACCAUGGUCUGCCCUUGAACAACGAGUACGAGCUCAUACCGUUCAACCACUUCACGCUCAACAGGAUCUACCCGAUCGAGCUAGGCCUUGGUAAACGGGUGGUGGAGAAGCCGAUCGGAUUCAAACGCCGCGAUCUGUCGGAGGCUGUCUCGGCCGCCGUGGAGGCUCUCAACCGCAACUCCAGUGCGCAAACGCAGCGAUAUACGACCGACGACUUCUCGGAGGGAACCUACCGCACUGAACCGACCACCGGCACCCAGUACGAGCUCUAUUUCAAGAGCAAGGAGCGACGGACUACCUCGUUUGUCAAAGUAUCCCUUAUGCGCCCUUUCGCCCGCCUCGUUCCCGUCUCCAUGACCGCUCUGCUCCGCGAGAAAGAGCUAGUGCACGUGAUUCUGCCGCUAGCGGGCCGCACGACCGACUUCCAGGGCUUCAUGGACAAGUUCGUGAAGAUCGCACUGAAGAACGACCGACGCGUGCUGCUGACGGUCGUCUACUUCGGCGACGCGGGUCUGGCUGACACGCGACUCAUAAUGUCGCGUGCCGCCGCAGCUCGAGGGCACAGCCACAUGAGGCUGCUCGCUCUCAAUGAGACGUUCUCGCGUAGUAAGGGCCUUCGAGUGGGAGCCGAGCGACCGUGGCAGCAGGGGUCAGAUUCAGUUGCGGGAACGGGUGCUGGAACGGUUGCGGGAGCGGGACCAGAGUCAGAAGCCGCACCAGACAGUCUGCUGUUUAUGUGUGACGUGGACAUAGUCUUCAGCGCGCGUUUCCUGGACCGGUGCAGAUGGAACGCCAAACCAGGUCGUCAGGUGUAUUACCCGGUUGUCUUCAGCCUCUACAACCCGCAUGUCGUCUACACGCUGCAAGGCAAGAAGGUGCCUUCCGAGACUGAUCAGCUGGUCAUCUCAAGGGAUACUGGGUUCUGGAGGGACUUCGGGUACGGCAUGACCUGUCAGUACAAGUCUGAUUUUCUGCGAGUGCUGGGAUUCGACGAAGAAAUUGUAGGUUGGGGAGGCGAAGACCUUUCACUAUACAGAAAGUAUGUUCGAAGUGGCCUGAAAGUCGUGAGAGCCACAGAUCCUGGCAUUUUCCAUAUCUGGCACGAGAAAGAAUGCGUAGGUGGGACCCCAGACCAGUACAGAGCCUGUAUUCGCACAAAAGCACUGAACGAAGCUUCACACGCACAACUGGGCUUUUUGGCUUUCAAAGAUGAAAUUCGUGAAGUGUUCAACAACAACUUUCCACCUAAAAACAAAAAUCAAAUAAGAAAGCCGCGCAAAACCAAGAGCUCAAUCUCAAUCACAACGAAAACUGAGCGAAACCAAACCGCCAAAAACUUCACAGUGCCAUUAAAAAAAGACUCAAUAAAAUCGGGAGGUGGAUUCUUAAAGACUUCGAAAGAAGAAACGUGAUUGUUAUCAAAAAAUUUAUAGAUUUGUUUGUCGGAAUGAAAUUCUGACGAAAUUGUUUUUGUUACCAUGAUGAACAACGAAUCGCAUUGUUCACUGUGUUGUAGAUUAGUGUAUUACCUACAGUGCCAAAUGAAUCGUCCUCCGAAAUUGGAACAAUUUAACUGUAAUUUAAGAUGAUAUUCAUUUGAGGCUGUGCUAAUUGGAUAACUCAUCUUUCCUCUACCACUGAACUAGAACUGAUGUGGAUUUGUAUGAAUAAAGAAAUCGUUUAUCAA